GGCUCCUCGAUUUAAGGGGUUCCAGCAGCAGGACAGCCAGGAGCUUCUGCACUAUCUGUUGGAUGCAAUGAGGAUUGAAGAAACAAAGCGUAUACAAACUGGUAUCUUAAGAGCAUUUAAUAAUCCAACUACUAAGACGGCAGAUGAUGAAACUAGAAGAAAAGUCAAAGCAUAUGGAAGAGAGGGUGUGAAGAUGAACUUCAUAGAUAGGAUCUUUGUUGGUGAAUUGACUAGCACUGUCAUGUGUGAGGAAUGUGAAAAUAUUUCAACAGUAAAAGAACCUUUCAUUGAUCUUUCACUUCCUAUAAUAGAGGAGAGGGUUGCAAAACCUGUGCCUUUGGGAAGAACAGGUAAAGGUAAAAGUGUACAAGAGGCACAUCUUGGGCAGUAUAACUGUUCUUCUUUCACCGCACUGAAUAAUCAACCCAAAAUUGUCAAGAAACACACUUUAACAAAAGAUAAGAAUCAAUUGAACCAGGAGAGACGGCUUGCCAGAAAAAGUUCCUCAAAUGAAGAAGAAAGAAGCCCUGUUAUCAUGCAGGAAAAAACAAAAAAGCUUGAGCUGGAAGAUAGCUCUGGUGUCCUGUACUCCAAAGACAUGACUGCUGACUCUGCUAUAAAUGGAAGUCAGACAGACGGCAGCGAGAAGGAGGCCAGCCGCUCUGAAAGCAGCUUUGAUGCAGACAGUGAAGCCUCAGAAAGCGAAAGUGCUUCUAAGCAAACAGCUUUCAGCCCAUCCAGCAACAUGUCUGGUUUGCACAUCAACCACAUAAAUCUUAAAAAGCCUUACAACAAACCAAGUGACAGUAAUGAUGAAAUGAUUUCCAGUGCCAUAUCCAAACUCAGCUUCUGUGAUACUAUAAACGAAGAUAAAAACUUGAGCCGUGGGGAUCCAGCAUUGGGUUUAUCAAAUAAUUCCAUGUUUGCAGUAGACAAAUCCCCACUAUCCCAAAGCCCUCAAAAUGCUUUCCAGACGCUUUCCCAAAGCUACAUAACUAGCUCAAAGGAAUGUUCUGUUCAGUCCUGCCUUUACCAGUUUACUUCUGUAGAGCUUCUAAUGGGGAACAACAAGCUUUUAUGUGAGAGCUGCACAGAAAGGAAACAGAAGUAUCAGAAGAAAACCAACUCCACAGAAAAGAAAAUGGAUGGUGUCUACACAAAUGCUCGGAAACAGCUGCUGAUUUCUUCAGUUCCUGCUAUUCUUAUUCUUCAUCUGAAAAGAUUCCACCAGGCUGGUUUGAGUCUACGGAAAGUAAAUAGGCAUGUGGAUUUCCCACUGAUUUUAGACUUAGCACCAUUUUGUUCUGCAUCUUGCAAGAAUGUUACGGAUGGUGCAAGAGUGCUAUAUAGUCUUUACGGAAUAGUGGAGCACAGUGGGUCAAUGAGAGGUGGUCAUUAUGCGGCUUAUGUGAAAGUCAGGACACCUUCCAAGAAAUUACUAGAGCAUAUUUCUACGACUAAGAACGUUCUAGGUUUAAAAGAAGCCAUGGGAGCAUCAGCAGGACAGUGGGUGUAUGUUAGUGAUGCCCAUGUUCAAAUGGUUCCAGAAUCAAGAGUACUAAAUGCACAAGCAUAUCUACUUUUUUAUGAAAGAUUAUUAUUAUAAUUCUCAACAGUUCAAUUUAAAAGAUGGUAGUGGUUAUUUACUUUAUCUUAUUUAAAGCUGCAGCGGUAAGAGUACCUGUAAAUACUGUGCCUUUAUCUUGUAGAGCAUAUAUCAUAUGUUGACUCUGAAGUUCAGUCACGCUAUUAUAAAUAUCUGAAUGGUUCUUUUUAAAACAUGCACUUUGCCAAACAUUUAAUAUUCCUGGAUUCAUUAAAAUACAGUACUGUUAGAAUGUAAGGUGAUGUCCUAUCCUACUGAAGUCUAUGGGAAGUUUGUUCUUGAUUUUAAGAUAAGCUUUCACCAUAGUCUAGAACAGUUGAGAAUAAAAGUGCUGAUAGUGUUAAGUGCCUGGAUUUGCUGGUGUAUAGUAAUGGUAUGAAGUAUUUCAGCUUUCUGUGAUCUAGUCCCGAUGCUUCCCAUCACUGGGUUGGAUGUCAGCUGUUAAGAUUUCUGCAAACAAGAACCUGUUAAAUUGUGUUGCUUCCACAUGUAGUAAUUGGAAAGCACAGUGUUUCCAGGAUGGAGUAACAACAGCUGUCGCUGGGUAAUGCUGCAGUGCGCUUUCCUGAUAGAGCUGGGAACAGACUGGGAAAACAUGGCUUCUGCAAACUGACAGUGAAUCCUCAGAUACCCAGUAACCUUUCAGCU